GGAUCUUACUGUCUCAUGAGAACCUGUCAUCUGCUGAUGUGCACCAACAAGUGGCUAACGGGGCUGAGGCUGGCUGUGUCGGAACCAUGACCCCCAGAGACACCACCCUCUUCUGCCUCGUGCUCUGUCUUGGCCAGAAGAUUCAGGCACAGGAUGGGAAUCUUCCCAUUCCUACCAUAUCUGCCACGCCCGGUUCUGUGAUUCCCUGGAAUGAGUCUGUGAAGAUCCUGUGUGGGGGAACUCCUGAGUCUUUCCUGUACCAACUGGAGAUCCUGGGAAACUCCACAUACAAAGUGGUGGAGAAGAAAUUGGGAUUUCAGAAGACAGCUGAGUUUGUCAUUAAACGCAUGGAUACUAAUACUGCAGGACGUUAUCAGUGCCGAUACAGAAAACAGUACAGCUGGUCAGUGCAUAGUGAAGCCCUGGAGCUGGUAGUGACAGAUACCACGAACCAAGAUUACACGAUGGAGAACUUGAUUCGAAUGGGCAUGGCAGGGCUGUCCCUGGUGGUUCUCUUGGUCAUUCUGGCUGAAAAUUGGCUUGGCCAUCAGGUUCCACACAAGGAAGACCAGCAAGAACUGCCUGAACUGAGCUGCAGUAGACAGAAAACUCAGACAGAAUGGACCUUCGGGCUAACUCCAAAGGGUCACCAGGUAGACACCAGGCACUGAACACAACAGCCAGCACCUGUGGAGUCCUGGAAAGCUACGUGGAGAACACAAGGGAGAACGCAGUACUAACAAGCUUGGAUCCCUUUGCAAACCAAUCAAAUGGUAUUUUCUUAUAUGAAUCUGAUAUAUUUGCAGCCCACCCUGCUAGACUUUGGUGAUAAAAUUCUCAGUACAGGGCCUUCCCUGGUGGUGUAGUGGAUAAGACUCCACGCUCCCAAUGCAGGGGGCCCGGGUUCAAUCCCUGGUCAGGGAACUAGAUAUACCACAUGCAUCCCGCAACUAAGAGUUUGCGUGCCACAACUAAGGAGCCUGCCUGCCGCAACUAAGGACCCCACGUGGUGCAACUAAGGAGAGCCCGCCUGCCGCAACUAAGGACCCCACGUAGUGCAACUAAGGAGCCAGCAAGCUGCAAAUAAGGAGCGCAUUUGCCGCAACUAAGACCCAGUGCAACCAAAUAAAUA